UGGUCCAUCACCCGCCACCUGGAGUAUACGCUGCUCACACGCCGCCGCAUCUCCAACAUCAUGAUCGCUCUCACCUGGGCGCUCUCUGCCGCCAUCUCCCUCGCCCCCCUCUUCGGCUGGGGGGAGACCUACAGCCCCGAGCAUGAGCGCUGCCAGGUCAGCCAGGAGCCCUCCUACACCAUCGUCUCCACUGGCGGGGCUUUCUACCUGCCCCUCUGCGUGGUGCUCUUCGUCUACUGGAAGAUCUACAAGGCGGCCAAGUUCCGCAUGGGGGGCCGCAGGAGGAACGCUGUGGUGCCCCUGCCCGAGGCUGCCCAGGUGAAGGAAGCUUCGCGUGAACCACAGAUGGUGUUUACAGCUCGUCAUGCAGCUAUCACUUUCCAGACAGAUGGAGAAACGUGGAGAGAACAGAAAGAGAAAAAGGCAGCUCUGAUGGUUGGCAUCUUAAUUGGAGUCUUUGUACUGUGCUGGAUCCCUUUCUUCAUCACAGAAUUAGUAAGUCCCCUCUGUUCCUGCAACAUCCCACCCGUCUGGAAAAGCAUCUUUCUUUGGCUUGGCUACUCCAAUUCUUUCUUUAAUCCUCUCAUUUAUACAGCAUUUAACAAAAAUUACAACAAUGCCUUCAAGAACCUUUUUGUAAAGCAGAGAUAA